GCAAUGUGUCAUAUCAAGGUGCCUACCUACUUAUUUAGAGCGGACCAGGCCGCGAGUCGCAGAGUCUUUUAAUUUCACCUUCGCAUUGACACAAGUUGAAACCCAAUCCACUCAGCAAUUGAACAGCCCAUUAGCACAUCAAUCAACAUACAAGGACAUUUGACAAGCCUUCGUCAAACCAAUCACCAUGCCUGAACUCCGCGAGAACCCCAAGCAGCGUGACAUCGUCGGCGAUGCGGCUCAGGAAAAUGCCCUUCAGGCUCCCGAGGAGAUUAGCAACCAGGCCCGCGGCCACAAGGCCAAUUUGAGCAACCCAAACACAAGCGAGCAGUCCAAGGAAAACUCCAAGCAGAAGCUCGAGGAGCUUGGUGGCGAGGGUGCAUUCUUCAGCAAGGAUUCUAAAUAGAGCGGCGGGUCAAGCAAGGGAGCGAUCGGUCAUUGAUAAUGGUUCUGGCGUUCGAGGCGUGUUUGUUCGACCUUUACGCUUGAGUUGACUUCAACGUGG